AUGAGAAACCUUGUGUUGAAGGACCCAGUACUAAUUGGUGGCUCAGGAGAUGGAGCAGUGGUGAGUGAGAACAUAAGGCUUGCAUGGAGGCAGGUCCGCGCGCCGAUCGUCGCGCCGCUGCUGCAGGUGGCGGUCUACGUGUGCGCCGCCAUGUCGCUGAUGCUCUUCGUCGAGCGCGUCUACAUGGCGGCGGUGAUCAUAUGUGUGAAGCUCUUGAGGAGGAAGAGGUACACCAAGUACAAGCUUGAUGCCAUGAAGCAAGAGCUCGAGGCUAGUAACACCCACCCCAUGGUCCUGGUGCAAAUUCCCAUGUACAACGAAAAAGAGGUUUACCGGUUAUCGAUCGGAGCGGCAUGCGGUCUCUCGUGGCCUUCCGACAAGAUCAUAAUCCAAGUUCUCGACGAUUCAACCGACAUGAUCCUCAGGGAAUUGGUGGAGUUAGAGUGUGAGAGGUGGGCAAGCAAAGGAGUGAACGUGAAAUACGAAACAAGGAAUAGUAGAAACGGUUACAAGGCCGGGGCACUGCGUGACGGAUUGAAGAAGCAUUACGUCAGGGAAUGCGAGUAUGUCGUCAUCUUUGAUGCCGACUUCCAGCCGGAACCUGACUUCCUCUGGAGGACUGUCCCUUUCCUGCUCAGUAACCCCGAACUUGCCUUGGUUCAAGCUCGAUGGAAUUUCGUAAAUGCCGAUGAGUGUCUGCUAACUCGACUUCAAGAGAUGUCUCUGGAUUAUCAUUUCAGUGUGGAGCAGGAAGUGGGAUCUUCCACAUAUUCGUUCUUUGGAUUCAAUGGAACUGCUGGAGUAUGGAGGAUUCAAGCACUUGCAGAUUCCGGCGGAUGGAAGGAUCGGACAACUGUCGAAGACAUGGAUUUAGCUGUUAGAGCCAGUCUCAAGGGAUGGAAAUUUGUUUUUGUCGGUGACUUAUCUGUGAAAAAUGAGCUACCUAGCACAUUCAAAGCGUACCGAUACCAGCAACAUAGGUGGUCUUGCGGUCCUGCGAAUUUAUUUCGAAAGAUGUUUAAGGAGAUAAUCAACUGCAAAAGGGUAUCGGUGUGGAAGAAAUUUCACGUGAUAUAUGCCUUCUUCUUCGUGAGGAAGAUAGUCGCGCACUUCGUCACCUCCAUCUUCUACUGCAUUGUUAUCCCUGCGUGUGUGCUGGUCCCCGAAGUUCAUCUUCCCAAAUUCAUCGCCAUUUAUGUGCCGUCGACCAUCACCAUCCUUAAUGCUGUUUGCACUCCAAGAUCCCUACAUUUGCUGCUCUUUUGGAUCCUCUUUGAGAAUGUCAUGUCUGUACAUCGAGCAAAGGCGACGAUUAUUGGGCUUCUAGAGGCCAACCGUGUCAAUGAAUGGGUCGUCACUGAGAAACUAGGUACUACCGGAAAGCCAAAGCCCAACACUAAAUUAGGAAGACCGCGGUCUCGCAUUGGAGAAAGGAUCCAUGUAUUGGAGUUAUUCAUGGGAUUAUACCUCUUCUACUGUGCGAUCUAUAAUAUAAUGUUCCGCCAUGAUCACUUCUACGUCUACUUGCUUUUCCAAGCCGGAGCUUUCUUCAUCAUGGGGUUCGGUUGUGUCGGCACUUUUGUCCCCAAUUAAGAAAGACAGAGAU